UCACUGAAGUCUUCAAGAGAUAUUGUAAGAGGGAUUCAUGUUUACACACAAGUUGGCCUAGAUCCUCUGAGAGGGUUCUCUCAGUUCUGAGAUUUUUUUGUUUUCCUUCUCUGAAUUCUUAGACCACCGUGUCAUUACCCCCAGGCAAUUUUGCCCUGAUAGUGCCCUAUCUUGUUCUAUCUUGUUGCUAGUCGUGUGUAUGUGUGUGUGUGUGUUUCCUGUUUUCCAAACUAUACUUUGAGCUUCAUGAAGGCAGGGACCAUGACUUAGACUAACCUGUAUUCUGUCUACCACACAGCUUAACACAAGGCUGAGCACGUAGCGAGUAUUCAGCAAAAAAAAAAAAAGUGAUGAUAUUAAGCACUAAACAAAGUCUUGUGUCAGUAAGUAUAGAAUAUUCUCUACUUCAGGAUACACAUCAGCAUGCAACUCCAUAUAUGACCAGGGUCUUUGGUCUUUAUGUUUAAAGUUUAAAAAAAAGUUUGCAAUCUGUGAUAAAGAUAUAUUCCUAGAACUCAAAAGUAUUGUUUGUGUGGGAAGACAUAUUUGGAAUAAGGGCUUAUAGUACACAGGCAAUAUAAAGAAAGAACAGGGAAGUACAUUGGGCUUUAGAUUAAUCCAGCCCCAUCUUUCUUGCCUGCCCCUUUAAGCCCUUCUCUCUGACCUGGUGGUAUGGGCCAUUACACAUACACACUUCCCCACCCCCCAUCCUCCAGCACCUAUGAUGUAUUCUAGUGAUUCAGGCAGGUGGUGAUGUCACAAAAGACACAGACAACUUGGCUUUCAGUUUCCCAGAUGCCUGGGGAAACACACUCACCAUGAGCAAAUACUCACCCCUCUCUGCUCAUCAUGCAUAUGCUGAAAUGCUUUUUGUUCUUUUUGAUGUGCACUGCUUUAGGUUAUGCCUUUAUGUUCUCUUCUCUGAAAGAGAAAGCCAAAGAACCUGCGGGUGAUGUGCCUUGCGGAGGCCACUUUCGGGUGAGACAGAAUCUAUCUGACCAGGCCAAAGGCUGGCUUGGGAGUAAAUGGAUCUGGCUGUUGUUUGUUGGACUACUCUAUGCUCUAAUAAGAUUCCGAGGGGAAGGUGACAAAAAUAAGGAUAAGGACCUAAGCGGCGGAAGUUUGUACCACCCCCUACAAAAGAAAAAUCAGAAUGCUGCCCCUAACAAAGACUAUGCACUGAAUACCUUAACCCAACUGGAGAUGGAUCUGGUGACAUUUGUGUCUAAAGUGCGAAGUCUCAAAAUGGCCAUGGCAACUGGUAAUUCCCUCAAGCUUCCAGACUCAGAGGUCCCUUCAGAUCCACACAACAAUAUUACGAUAUAUGAAAUAUGGGGAGAAGAUGACUCUGACUAGAUUGGUUUGGAUGUCAAAGUAGAAGAGGAAAGAAAAAGUUGAAUGAUUGACAAACACUAUAAAAACUAAUAAACUAUUCCCAAGAAAAUAAUUCCCUCAUUUCAUACCUUUUUUAAUAUUUUAAAAACUUUUAACUUCUCUGUUAUGUGAGACUGGUGACUUUAGGUUUUUUUUUAUUUAAAUAGAGAAUUAUGUUAGUAGUCAACACAUUCUGCCCAGAAUUACAAGGGAAACUUUCUCCUUGGCCAUGAUGUUAAUGAUUUUUCUCUGUUUUAACUGGGUCUGGGGAAUUAUUAGAAAAAUACUGUUGUAGAAAGGGCAAAGUUUUUCAUACAAACUUUUUUUCUUUCCCAGUUACAAACAUAUGUAUUCUAUGAAGAGUAUUUCUGUUUUGAUGUUAUAUAUCUUAGAAAUGUGGCUUUAGAUACAGCUGCCUAAACAAAGAGCUUCUAUGAUCUCUAGGGAGAUUGUAUUAAAGUUGGACAAAGGUCAAGUACAGCUUUUGAAAUGUAUGACCCUGUAGAAUGUGUUAUGUAACUAUAAGUCUUCUCACCAUUCUCAAGAGUUUGAAUGCCAGAUCAGAUGGAAAUUCUUUCUUCCUUGCCCCUUGUCUUUUGCUAUUGAUGGUGUUAUAGAGUUCAUCAGGAGUGGAUCUUAUAAGCACGAAAAAACUAGCACGUAGAGCCAUCAUUUUUCCUCUUCUAUUUUACAUUAGGGAGGCUGAAGAAGUAGAUUUCCAUCCAAGUCAGUAAUUAUCAAAUGUGUAUUUGUUCAUAAAUACUUAAUACAACAACCUUUAAUAAAGUUCAUGUGAUUUCAGAACA